GAUCGAUCGACAUACUAUAAGAAGUAUCAACGGCGUCGAGAUCGAAACAUUCUAACCGUUGUGAUUGCUCCCUGCAGGCUGAGAUCGUUGUGUUCGAACGUUGCAGUGUUUGGAGAAAGUUUGCUUUUUGCUGUGAUAGGAAGAUUGAUAGUGUUGUUCUUUUCACCCGGACGACUGAUAACAGAAUCAAAAAAUGAUUAAUAAACUACUGCCGUUGUUCGCUGUUGCGCUGUUAGCGCCCGCGCUGAUCCUCGCCGACUUCAACGAAAUCGACAUCGAUCGCUACCGGCACCACCUGCCGGCCAAUCUGCAGAACCUGUCGAUUCCGGACUUCGACGAGAUCGAAAAUGCGCUGAAGCAGAAGUGCAUCGAAGCCGGUGGCUCCGACGAAUCCUACGAGGAGGUCAAGGAGGCUGGUAAAACGCUGGCCAACUGUAUCAAGGGUCUGGUUGACAUUGAUCAGUUCCGCCAGGAGAUUGAGGAAGCCAAACCAACCGGUGAUUUAGAUACGGUGUUCAACAAGUACUGCCGCAAGCGGAACACUCUGCUCGAGUGUGUGAAUACGUUCUCGAAUACGCUGGAUUCCUGUCUGGACGAUGAAGAGGAACGUCACAAGGGCUACGGACUGGAUGUGUUCAAGAAUCUGCUUAACUUCGUGUGCCACAAGGAUGGAGAUCAAAUUGCACUCUUCAUCGCCGAGAAGGGACCGGAAUGCUUCCAAGAGCAGAAAGACGAUCUCAUUGCCUGUGCUAACGAAAGCUUACCGGAAUUUUUGAAAGGAAUUGACACCAGCAGCGGAAAAAUUCCGAAAAUCGUUAUCGGCCCGAAACAGUGCGAGGACUUCACCAAGCUGCAGAAUUGCUUCGUGCGGGAGCUGGAGCAGUGCGAUGAAUCGACUCCGGCCAAUUUGGUGGAAUCACUGUUCCGAUUCAUCCGAAAGGGAUCCCCUUGCGAUACCAAGGGCAAAUCCGGACGUAGAUAAACACUGCGGCUUACUGUGGAUGUACCGGAGAAGAGAGUUUCAUGUCGAUCAAAGCAAAAUCAUCAAUCUUUCAGAAGCAAUUAAAAUCAGUUGAAUAGUAUACAA